AGAUAACUGGUGGAUAAUUACUCUCACUCCUGAUACAAAUGUAUAAAUAAAUAAUUCCAGAGAUAUUUAUUGAUAGCUUUAUGAAUGAUUUAUUAGAAAUAUGAGAAUACAAUGGUACUGCUUCUACUGUUGCCAUUAUUACCGCUACAUCUUUUUAAAAACGAUCUUUUAUUAUAGACAACUCGAGUAUUAGAACCAAUGAAACAUUUCUUUAAAUAUACCUGUCCAUUAAAUGCAUUCAAUGUGAUAACACUGCUAAAAUUGGUUACUAUCUUCCUCGUACAAUACAUAACAAACGCUCGUAAACAAUGCUUCAAUUUAGAAUAUGAAUUAGACUAUUGCUCACGAAAGCAUAAAGUUCAUAUGCCAAGUAGUCAGUUAUCCGGUUACAGUUUUGGUUAUGGUUCACUGAACGAUACAGAAUAUAUGUGUCGUACGCGGUGGCACAUUUUAGUAUUCCACUGCAUGCGAAAACGAGCUGAAGAGUCAUGCAACCACUCAGAUGAGGAAAAAUUUCGACAAAUUAUUUGGUCAAUCUCUUUGGAUACAAGAAAAUUUGAAAAAGCUGCAGCAUACAUUUGUCAUGAACAUAAUCUAAGAAUCCUACGAGAACAUCAAUACAAAUGCUUAAAACAACAAGAAAAGUUAGCUGAACAGUGUGCAGUUCAUAGAAAUGAGACAAUCAGAGAAGUUGUGCUAGCACUGCAAAAUCAAUCAAGCCGAUUAUCAUCCAGUUCCAAUGAAUAUUAUUCUGUGAUCAAGCAUACACUGACAUCUUACGAAUGCAAGUCAUUAAGGGCAAAACUGGAUUGCUUAUAUAAUAUUUUACAUGUUGCAUGCCCGUCAAAUGCUGUUCGACUAAUAAUGAAUUAUUUCAAGGAAACUCUACCCGACGGUUGUUCAUUUAAUUAUGAGACAAGAUUGUCCAAACACUUAGAGUCGGUUCAAAUGACUCAAUCUAUUAAUAAUGAUGAAAAUGCAGAUGAACGAAUUACACCGAAGCAUGAUGCUGCAGAUAAUUCCAAAAGCGUCCAAGCAAGUCCAAGGAAGCUAUUAAAAAAUCAUUCAUAUUUCAGAGGCUGUAAUUUUCUCACUAUAAUAUUUACAAGUUUUGUGAUUAAUUUGACUGCAUUCUCAACUUUCACGUGAUUUAUUUUCUAUCUUUUAUUCCUACUUAACUUUUUUAUUUAAAAGAAGCAAAACUGUCGUUAUCUACCUUUUCUUACUUAACUUGUUAUUAAAUUUCAAUUCCUUGAAAAACAUUUACGCACUCCCACUGAAUAAGUCAGUAGCCUAAAGAUAAAUGUUUAGUUUUGUACAUAAUUCAGUUUGUUUCCGUGGAUGAUGAGGACAUUAGCAUAGCAGACAAAGCAAUAAUUCCUUCCAAGGUAUUUAAGAUUUUUAUUAUGCACAUAGAUAUACUAUACUUUUCUUUGUUGGCUACACAUCUUUUCGUGAGAAUUAUUGUACAUAAUUUUAUUUUUAUUUUCAAAGUAAGAGUAAUCUUUCCAAGAUCUAUGAUAUACAAGGGUGAGAUAAGCUAAAAUAUUAAACCUAAUUCAUAAGUUUCCAUUCCAUUCAUAGAUUUGUGGUGGAUUUGUACAUUUCUGCUAACUUGCUUCUAAUGUAUGUUUAUCCACUCUUUUUCUCG